AUGUCAGAGAAUUCUCCAAACAGACCAGAUAUACAGCGGGAGAUGCAUAAAGUCAUCAAUGCUGCAAAUGCAACAGACAGACAGUUGAUUGACAAUCAUAAUUUAGAGGAACGUAUUAAUAUAGAAAAACAGCUGAGAACAGACAGUAAAGCUGGGCUUAUAACAAAUUACAAUGUAAAGGACUAUCUAUACCAUAACGUCCCAAUGAAUAUACUGAAUGGAACAAUUGGAGAGUAUGGCGAUAUGGCUUACUUUUUUAAUAAACUUUAUAAUGUUCAUGGUGUUGGAAGUGCCUUUAAGGAACCACCACUUUAUAAAAAUCAUGAAAUUGUAACAUCUAAAUUUAUUAAUGAUAUCUAUUUAGGGAGACUGAGGGCUGAGGAUGCCCAAAAAUUACUUAUCUCCCAUUCUAAAACUCUCAAACAAGAGUUAAAAAAAACACAUCUUAUAUCUGAAGCAGUUGAUACUAUAAACAACAAACUUGAUCAUCCGCUUCAAAAUACCGAGCCUAUAGAUGCAAGUAUUAUGAGAAGUGAAAUGACUAUCUCGAGAGGACUUCCACCAAUACAUCCAUCGAAACAUAUAGAAGCGAAAAUCAAUUUAUCAAUAGGCCAGAAAUCUGAGAUAGAAGAUGAUUCGGAUAUCAGUGCACCGAAUCCCUUAAAUAAACCUGUUACGAAGGAAAAUACAACAAAUCGUUCAACAAUUGCUGGAGAAGAACAGAAUGAAUCAACUAUCAAAAUGAUGCCGAAACCUAACCAGUCGAGUGAACUAGAAUUAAGUAUAACCUCCAUUCAAAAUACACGACCGAAAAAUAUGACCAAGAUAUCAAAUAAUAACACAAGUAUAAAGGCAGAUACCCAAUCUGUUUUCCUUGUUUCAAAAGAUGUACCAGUACCUCAAAAUUCAGACGUAGCAUUACCUUAUACUCAGAGUAACGAAAAUUCUACUGAGAAUGGAAGAAAAAAUACUAUUAUUAUCACUACUGAGAAUUUAAAAAGCACCGGUGAAGAUCGACCCAAAUCUCAAACAAACAAAGCUGGUUUGCCAAAUGUACAAAGCCAAGUAAAUAGUCCAUAUGAUAACUUUAAAACAAACGUAAUAGGAGACAAUAGAAUAUCUAUAAAAAAUAUAACGAAUUCUACAUCUGAAGAACAGAAUAAUGAGGUAAAGACUAAUCCCAUUCCUAAAUCAUCUGAAGAGAAUUUAAAUUUAAGUAACACUGAGAAUGAAAGUCAACUAGGGGAGAUACCUCACACGACCAAUGAACCCACAGAAAUUACUAUUCAAAAAGUGAUAUUACCACCAAGAGACGAAUACUCCAACAAUAAGGAUAACCAAGGAACCAAAAUUUCAGAUGGUGAAUUUAGUAUUAAACAUGCUGCAAAAAGUGCUGAUUUAUCCCAAAUAAGCGUACCUACAGGAUGCAUAUCCCCAACUACUAAUUCUCAGCUUGAGAUUAAACCUACUGAAAAUGUGUUGCAGAUGACCAAAGAGGUUACUGAAUCCAAUAUGGAAUAUAGCUCAACAAGAGUACCUACAGAAAAUACCGCCCUAGUAGAGACUGGGACCGAAACAACAUUAUUAAAUACUACUAUGAACACAGAAAGCCUAACUAUACCUAAAAAUACAACCAAAAUUAAAGCAAAAGCUCCAAAUGAAAGCAUAAAGAAUGUCGAAGGUACUGCCAUGUCAACAACGGAAAGCAGGGAAUCAAAUGCGACGACAAUAAAUAAUUUGAAAAGUACUACUCUUGUUAGACAUAAUGAUAUACGACAACAAAAUAAUGGUGCGGAAAAGUCCAUCAAACAUCAAACAAAGAUGGUCAUUAACUCAAUAAAUAAUAACCAGCAUCAAAUUACAUUGAAAAAUUCAUCAACAAUGAAUCCGCAAACAGUCGAUUUAGAUGUCAAUACAAAUAUUACAACUGUUUCAUCAACGCAACCUCCUAAAAUAAGGGUAAAGAAAAGAAAAACAGAUAAUGAUAUGAGGAAGGAGACCAAGAGGAGAAAAGAAUCUUCUAUCACACAAAAAAACACAAAUGUUUUGAAUAUUACUAAACAACAAGAUAAUGUACUAAACUGUAUUAAAAGCAGUACCAUGACAAUUCAAUCACUUUUAGGGAAUAUACAUGACAGUAACCGAGUAGGUAAUUUUAAACGGGAGGAGGAAUAUGAUAUGGAUCUUGUACCGUCGCCAGAUCACCUACCAAUGUCAUCACCUCCUGCUUCAUCAAGAAAUGGACUAUCAGAUGAUGAAGACAAUAUUAUCAAUAAUUCAGAUGCCAUAGAUAGACUUCGCCAAGAAGAUGAUGAUAGUGACUUUUAUUCACAUACAAUUGAUAAUGAAAACGAGCGCUUACCAAAAGCCUUAAAGAGGAUGAAUGAACUUGCAAAAAAGUAUGGUCUAUAUGAAUAA